ACUCGAUUCACUUCUUGAUCACCUCAACAUAUAUCCCUAUUCGUCUUUCAAUAGUCCGACAGAGGUGUAGUGAUAGCAACAUCGACUCAGAAGCACCAUCCUGGAAUAGCACUACGAUACCCUUUGGUUCUUCUCAGCGGAUAAGAAAGGAAGCAUAAUUGCAUACAUCGGGUGCAUCAUAAUCUUGCGUCAAACGUAUUUCUCUCACAUACGAAUCAGAGAAUACGUACGCAUAUACAGACAUUGACUACCACCACUUCAACACUCAGCACGCUAUCCCUAAAGCUUGACAUGAUCGAAAGGCUAAGGACGACUUAUCAGCAUAUUACCGCUUGAAAGUACACAAUUAUUCAUUGACGUGGGGUGGAGGAUCGUUCCGGGAUAGACGAUCACCAUCCACCUCUUUAAGCCAUUAUGGCAACAAUGGCAAGCGUUUCAAAUACCGAUAGAGGUUCUGUGGGACUGAAUGGAAUAUCGGCAAACGCUUCUACUUCGCCAUCUCAGAUUGCAUCCACUUCGGGAGUCACCUUAGAACAGACGCCAGCUCAUUCUGUUAAAGAGGAAGAUGAAGAUGCGAAAUUGUUUGCAUCUUUGGUGAAUGGCAUUCAGUCUGGUGCAGUCACUACAUCGGAGAUGCCUGGUCCAUCUGCAGCCUCAAAUCAAGAGACCACAGAUCCUACCGCUGCUUGGGCUAAUGCGAUAUCAAAUCUACAAAACGUCACAGGAGGAACAUUCCCAUCGCUAGAUCUAAUGCAACCCAUGUCCAACAACAUACCGGGAUUAGAAGAUCCUUCAGCAUUCGCGCAGCAACCAUCAAUACCCAAUGACGCCGAGAUGAACAUACCGCCGGAGCCUAUUGCUGCUUAUGCAAAGUUGGAAUUUCCCGGUUUCAGUUAUUAUAUUCAAACGCUCGAUUUUACCAUCGGUAGGAGGCCGGCAGAAUUUCGUCGCUCUCAGACAUCGCUACAACAACACAUAACCGGAUCUAGUAAAUCGUUAGGAGAUGUGGACGUCGAUCUAGGUCCACUGAAAUCUAUCUCUAGAUUUCAUGUGAGAAUAUUUUAUCAAGAUCAACCUGCUCCACCACAAUGGGCUACAGGUCAUGAUCCUAACUUUUCUGGCAACAUACCUGAUAGCAAUGGAAAUGUGAGAUCACGUUCUAGCUUCGAUGAAGAUGCGAUGUCUCCGUUUGCUCCACAAGGUCGCUUUGUCUUGCAGGUAUUGGGACGGAAUGGGUGCUGCGUAGAUGAUGUCUAUGUUGGAAAAGGAGCGAUUGUGCCUUUGGGAAAGAGAACGAAGAUCCAAAUAGCAGAGAGAGUGUUCUACUUUGUUCUGCCCCCAUCGCAUUCACUACUGAUGUCUAUGGAAGAUGACGAAGAGGACGAAUCUAUUGGAAGUUCGGCAGAGGAAGAGAGCGAAGAAGAAGAUGUACAGGAAGAGUCAUCUUCUGGAAGUCUGGGUGGCAGCAGUGACGAAGAGAGCGAAUCAGAAACGCUACCUGCUUCAGUCAAGAAGAAAAAGCUGACCCUGAAAAAGGACGCGAAAGCGAUACCUGCUGGUGCUGGAAAAGGAGGGAAAGGCAAAGGUAAAGGCGUUGAAAUGGAUGAUGCGAUGGAGGAAGAUGAAGAAGAAGGUGGGAAACAGUCUAAUGCAAAUCGCAAGCGCAAAAGAGGAGAGCCUACAGAGGACGACGACAAGGUGCUCAAAGUGGGCACACCGAUCGGAGUGGAAGCUCUUACAUUUAAUAAAAAGAAGAAGAAGAGUAAUAAUCCUUCGGGUGUAGAGGGAACGCCAUCAACAUCACCAGAAUUCGUGGCUGGAAAGGGUAAGGGUGGAGGUAAAUCUGCGAUUGUGUCUGCAGCAAUGGCGAAAGCAAGAGCGGAUGUGGAAGCAAUACAAGCAGCUGCUGAAGCUCAAGCGGCAGCAGUAGCAGGUUUGCAGACACCGUCCAAUAUCGCUGGCGGAGAUGUAAGCAUGACGCCCUUCCCUCAACAAGGAUCGACAUCUGUCCCCGCCACACCAGCCUCUCCUGUUUUAGAUAAGAACAAGAAGCCAUUGCCACCACCUGGACCAGGUAUCAAGCCUGAUAAGAGUAAUAUGGAUCUGAUCCGCGAAGCUAUGAAUGGACCGCUCUCAGUCAGCAGAGGUGGAAAGAUGGCAUUACAGGAAAUUUACGAGUACCUUACCAGCACAUACGAAUGGUUCCGUAACAACAGUCGUGCCAAUGGUCGUGACUGGCACAGUGCGAUCCGACAUGCUGUGGGUAAUGCUAGAGAUAUGGACAGAAUUCCACGUAAACCGCACGAAUCCGGAAAAGGUGUCUUUUAUGCUUUCUCGUCUAGUGAUGCUGCUAAAGCAGCCAGGGCGGAAGCUGAAGCCUCUGCGACUCAAUCCGAUAAUUCGAACGCAGCAACACCCACAGCACCAUCCAGCGGUAUUGCAGGGCUUCCGCCAUCAGCUUUGAAUGCUGGCAACAUUUCGGGACCAAUGGCAGGCAUUGCGACACCUUCAAACACUACCAAAACAGCUGCAACCACUCCACUUCCUGCUUCAGCAAUUGCAGCUGCUGCACAAGGAAAUCUGGAUGGUACGACAGGAAUUCCACCGGGUGCUGAUCAGGCUACUGAUGCGGCUGCUCAAGCAUCUACGACUGGUGCUGCCACAUCUUCUGCAUCUCCAGCACCACCUUCAGCUAUUGCACCUGAUGGUCGUGUACGCAUUGUUGUAGGAAAAGCACCAGCGGAUGCUUUAGCACAAAUGGCAAGUGCACCCAAGCCAGCAAUUACUCAAAGUAUCGAAGCCCUGUUUGGUGGACCUCCGAUCGUUCAUCAUGAGGGUACGUUGUUCUUGAGUCCUAUUGUGUUUGGUGCGAUGAGCGCUGAAGAGAUUAACGAUAUUGGUGGAAAGGGUGCUCAACAAGCUUUGGCUACUUUGCAGGCUCAAUUGGUUGCACAUCUUCAGAGUAAAAUGGCAGCCGGAGCAGCAUCUCCUCCACCACCUUCGUCACCUUCGCCAAAUCCUCGACCGCCUACUGGUUCAGCAUCACCUGGUCCUGGACAAGUUCGACCACCUUUAGGUAAUAGGCCACCGCAACCGGGUAAUGCUGCUCAAAUGAACAAUGUCAGACCUGCUUUGGCAAGACCUGCUGGCGCAUCGAAUGGACGUCCACCGAUUCAAUCUAGACCACCAAUCGCACGCCCGACAGGCGCUAUUGGAUCAGCUGCUCCUUCAAAUGUACGGCCUGGAGCAACACAACCUUCUGCUAUUGGCAAACCAGGCGCUCCCAUGCCUGUCAGACCGACAGGAAGGCCACCUCUCACCAACAUUGCAAGACCGACUGCUGCAGCGCUUGCUCGACCUGGUAGACCGCCUUUGCAACCUCGACCAGCUGUUCAAGGUCCAUCUGCGUCAAUUUCACGUCCAGCAGGAAAUGCAAAUGCUGGAGGGACGGCUAUUGGACAAAAUCGACCGCCGCAAGGCACAGCAGUUUCGAGUGCAUCUACGGCCAGACCUUUGGGAACGGCAGCAACAGCAGCAAGACCAGCCCUGCCAAGACCAGGCUCAGGUGUUCCUGGAAGCAAUGUCAAUGCUCGUCCAGCUGUUUCUCGUCCUCCAUUGCACAAUGCUCAAAGACCGAUUGGCUCUACUGGUCCGACAACGUCCGGACAAAAUGCUGGCGCUCCUGUUAGACCCAGUCUGGCAAGACCUGUUUCGGGACGACCGCCACUUUCAGCAAGGCCUAGACCUGCUUUGCCAGGUCAACAAGUCGGACGACCUCCAAGUACGACAACGAGUGGUGCCACUCAAAGUGCACCAGUUCGACCAAGUGUGUCUACUAGUAGCGUGAGUGGAAAUGGCAAACCAGCACCGAGUAGCACGAUCAGACCUACAGGAAGUGCGCCGACAAAUGCUCGACCGGCGACAGGACCUGCUUCUGGAUCGGCAGCGAGUGGCAUUGCAAGUGGUAGCAGUCCUUCUGUCACUGCUACACCGAGUGCGGCUAUCGCUGGUUCAUCUCAAUCGGAUAUGGCUGCCCUUUUGGCCUUAUUGACAGGUGGAAAGUUGGACAGUAGCAAAUUGACGCCUGCCCAACAUGAAUUACUUCAAAGGGCGGGUCGAUUAGCAGCUGAACAACAAAAAGCUCAACAGCAAAAAGUCGCAGCAGCAGUCAUUGGAGGAGCUCGUUCUCCAUCACCGAUUAAACAAAGUGCACCUGUCAAAUCGACACAAUCACCACGUCCUGCUGGCUCUGCUACCCAAGGAUCACCAGUAAGACCGCCAUUGACACCCAAAGCACCCACCCCUACGCCGGACAAUGCUCAACAAUCACCAUCAGCAGUAGCGCCAGAAACGGGAACAGAGAGCGAGCCUGCAAACGCUCAGCCUUCCGCCACUUCCAAUGGAGAGAAUAAUGAAGAAACUGCUUCAUGAUGAAUGCUUUUUUAUGUACUUUUACCUUUUUUUUCCCUCUUCAGUCUAUCUUUUGCAUGUAUUUCAAUACCUCCUUCUUCUUUCUUUUGCGAGAGAGAAGAAGUGUUAUCUUUGCAAGUUGUACUAUCAAUCUUUUUGAUACGGAAUACAUU